UGUGCGGCGGUCGCCAUGGAGACGCGUGGCCCUGGGCUGGCGCUUAGCUCCUGCGGCCGCGGGUCUUGGGCUGCCCCAGGCGCAGGUGGGCCGGGAGGGCGGAUGGACUGCCGCGGUGGGGCCCGGGCAUCCGGGUACGGCGAAGAGGGCAAGGACGACGACGAGGAGGAGGAGGAGGAGGAGCGAGAGGGUGACACUGCGAGCUCGCAGAGGGCCAAACUGCCCCCCAUAGCAGGCAACGCCUUAGAACUGAGCAAACAGAAGGUGAAGAAGAAAAGGAAGAAGAAGAAGACGAAAGGGUCCGGCAAGGGGGACGAUAAACAUCAGAGUCGAGGCCUGAAGAAUCAGCAGCUGUCCUCGUCCUUCCAUGACAUCUUAGGUCCCCGCAAAGAUCCCGGCCCGAGGCCAGAGCGCAAGCAGGACAAAGCUGAAAGCAAGCCCACGCCCCCUUACUCCUCCACUCGAAGUCUCCACUCUGUCGCUGAAAUAGAAAAGCACCUCACCAAGCAGGUCAACGAAAGCCUGCGUUGGGAUGGAAUUCUCGCCGACCCGGAGGCAGAGAAAGAAAGGAUUCGCAUAUAUAAACUGAACCGGAGGAAGCGGUACCAGCUCUUGGCCCUGAAGGGCCUCCACCCUGACCCGUGCGCCAAGGAGGACCCGGAAAGCCGGCCCUACCUCCCGGAGACAGACAGUGGCCCCGACGGCAGGAAGGCCCACCACCCCGAUCCCUUCUUCCGAGGCACCGUCACACAUUCUGACCUGGCUCUGCCAGAGUGACCAUCCACCCCUGACACCGACCGGCUUGCGCUUUGUCCUCCCCACAGGUUUACCCAUUAGAAAAGAAUAAUAAAAAGAAAUCGGACCUCCGUCGGAAGGAAGCGGAUGUCUGGUGUGUGGGGCGGGUCGGCCUCUCUCCUUCCACCAGGGCAUCCGAAUCGCCCGGGGGAACCGCAGUCCCUUAACCUCCGCAGUGUAAUGGACAGAGCUGCUUCAGGAUUUUUUGUUUCUUUCUCAGACAAGUUGGCAUCUCUUUCUUACUUAAUUUCUCGUCGCAGAUGUCUGUCAUCUUCCCCUCAGAAAGAGAAAGUGUGUAGAUGAUCUCAGUUCUAAAUCUUAAGCUAAUUUAACGGGUAAAACACAGCAUGCUUCUCUGGGCCGGAGAAAAGUGCCUCAAAUAUCCUGGAGCCUUUUUUUUUUUUUUUUUUUUUUUUUUUAAAUUACACACGCUCCCUUCCCUGAUGUGGUUGUCAAAAUAACUGAGUUCCAGAACUCCAACCCUGGGAGAUAAUUAUGAGAAGUCUCAAAAGGAAUAUUGCUUCUCUUCUAAAUAUGGUCCUCCCAGAGAGCAAAUUGCUGGUUGCCAGAGGGGAAGGGGUGGGGGCACGGCGGAAAUGGGUAAAGGGGCCCAACUGCUCAGUGAUGGAUGGUAAGCACACUUGUGGUGGUGAUCACUUUGUAGUGUGGGCAAAUACUGAAUUAUAAUGUACACCUGGAACGCCGUAAUGUUAUAUACCAAUUUUACCUCACUUAAAAAAUAUAUAUAUAUUGUCCUCUAAUCCCUUAAAACGGGAUUUUAAGCAAAGUUCUGGAGGAUUAAAAAGACCUUACUAUGCUA